CGCGUGGUAGAGGCCUCUCGUAGGGAGACACUCCGUCGAUCUUUCAUCUCGCUAGACGCUGCUCAGCUUAUCACUCCUCAUUUCCAGUUUAGACGCCGAUUCCACACAACAUCGCCCAGAUGAAGCUCUUAUCGACCCUCGCUCUCGUAGUUCUUGCGGCACAAUGCACGCUCGCAGCGCCUGAGCGAAAGCUGCUGCGAGCCGGUUACGACAAUCCAAUCGACUUCUCCAACCUCUCUGGACUUUCAGACGUCACGACUGGCUCAACUACCAAGAAGUACGGGUUGCCCGCGACCGCACCUGGCGUUGAUUCUAUCACGAAAGGUGGUGUCCUGCCGAACACGAACUCACUGCCCGUCGGAACGGGCAGCAGUGGCCUUGGCAAGAACAUCAUCCCGACCGAUCUGACGACGAUGACGGGACGUAGUGGUCUCCAAUCUCUGACCGGUGGAAGUGGUCUGGGCUCAAUCACUAACGGUGCAAUGAAGGGCGGAAAGCUGUCGUCGCUGCCAACCAGCGGUGCCGGAGGAGUGACCAAGGGCGUUUCGGGAGCUACGGACAAUGUAUCGGGUCUCACUGACGGACUUGACCUCCCGUCCACUUCCACCAGUGGCGACAAGCAGGUCUACAACUCUGGGAAACCCAGCAAUUCGGACGUCCAGUCCGAAGAACGGACGUUGAAGAGCCCCAAGAACCCACCACCGUCUCCGAAGUUGAACAAGAAAAACACCAAGAAGAAAACGACUCCGAAGAAGUCCUCGAAAAAGAAAACCAGUCCGAAGAAUUCGCACAAACCGAACGUUAAGCCGACCCCGAAGCCGGACCCAGAGAAGUCUCCGCUCCAACACUCGAUGGAGUAACUGUCCUGUGUAGUUUGUU